CAACUCAGAACUCAUAACAGCAGCUGCAAAGAAGGAAGGAUAAAAGAGGGGAAGUAAGAAAAGAAAGAAGUAUUAUGAGAUAGAAACAUCACAAGAAGAAAGAAAGAAGUGAUAAGAAGUGCCUCAGUGGACCCUGCAAACAGACAUGAAUAAUCGCUCCAUCGCCUGGUGGCUGAGACAGAUCGGCCUGCCUCAGUACACCAAGACGCUGGAGAGAGAAUAUUAUGGUCUGGAGGGUUUGCUGAGUGUAACAGAUGGAGAGCUGAAGGAUGCAGGGAUAGAGGAUGCAACACACAGAGAAACAAUCCUCAAUCAACUUUCAAGACACAGACAGACACUGGACCCGACCUCUGGUGUUGAGCGCAGGGUGAGCAGAAAAUACUCCCUGGGAUCGUCUAUGGAUCUGGUGAGACCACUAAGUUGCUAUUUAGUAUUGGGUUUUUACCAUCUCUUGCAGGUGAAGCCAAGGAAGGAUCUGUUUCGUCAGAGCGUCCUGCCCCGCCUCCAGCGGGCUGAUAAAAAACACCGCCUCUCUGCCUCCUGUGGCCAGCUCCGCCCCCUAAAUGAGGACAACAGUAUCAGUGAGGUGGAGCACUGUCAGGACAGCAAACGCAGCAAGAGGAGGAGUGUCAGCGCAUACCUCAGCCAGCUGAAGGUGUUCGGUAGUCGGAGAGACAUGGACUCAUUAAAGAAGGAGCUGGAGGAGGAGCUGAAGCUGAGCACUGAGGACCCAACGAGCCAUGCAUGGUACCACGGAGCGCUGAGCCGAGAGGCUGCAGAGUCUCUGUUUGAGAGGGACGGAGACUUCCUGGUUCGAGACUCCUCCUCGGCCCCUGGAGACUACGUUUUGAGCUGCUUUUGGAAGGACGGGCCCAUGCACUUUAAGAUCAUACGAGUGGUCCUUCGUCCCAAAAAGGGCUACUCUCGGGAGCUGUUCCAGUUUGAGGAGGACCGCUUUGACAAUGUUCCCGCUCUGAUCCGAUUCUAUGUGGGCGGGCGUCGGCCCAUCUCCCAGGCCUCAGGCGCUGUGAUCUUUCACCCAAUCACGCGGACCCUUCCUCUGCGUGUCAUCAGCGAGCGACACGCCGAGUCCACGACCAGCAGCAGUAAAGGUGCAGGGAGAGACAAACGGACUGACUCCAGUAAAAGACGCAGCUUCAGCUCUGCACAUGCAGACACGCUGCAGGUCAUCAAUCCACUGCUGAGGAGUGGAAGUCAGCCUGCUAAUUUGGAGAAUGUGGGACGCAGGCCUUCACUUCAGUCUGCACAAUCUGACAGCAACCUACGAACUGGUGUUCCACAGAGCGCUCAGUCGGAGGACAAGGGCCCCGCCCCCAUCUCGCCAGUGUUUCGCACAGGCAGCGAACCCCUGCUCAGCCCCCGACCACGACACACACGCCCCACAUUUCCAGGUGGUGGUGUAACUUUGCGAGGUUCAGAUGGACAGCUGCACCCCAGAGCUCCUCCUAAACCUCUCCGGAUCUCUACAGUCUUCGGCAACGCUGUCCCUCCUCCACCCAAAGAUCGAGACGUUGACCCCUCGUCUUUCUAUGAUGAGCUGGUCGUCCAGGUGCCACAGUCCGGACACAAAGGUCAUGUUGACCGACUACGUGCAGAGGAGAAGUGGCAGAGCCGCGCCCGCCUCACAGAGACUUCCUUCGGUUUUCUGGAGGCACAGAAUACCGAAGCAUCACCACAGCUGCCGCUGCUGCCGCAGAAGAAGACGGCACAUCAUGUGGAAGACUGGCAUUUUGAAAAGCCACAUGUGGAGUCGGUCUCAUGUUUCCAGUUGGAUCAGUUUGAGUCGCUGCUCUUGCCGGAGAACAACAGACCUCUGGAGCCCAGCAUCCUGCUGGCUCUCAAAGAGCUCUUCGUCCACUCAAGUGCUGACAACACGGCUCUACACAUGCUCACUGUUGACUGCCAGGUAGCGCGCAUCGUUGGUGUGACUGACGAGCAGAAGAGGAUGAUGGGAGUUGAAUCAGGGCUGGAACUUGUCACUUUGCCACAUGGACGCCAGUUACGACAGGAUUUAUUAGAGAGACAUCAUCUAAUAGCACUGGGAGUUGCAGUGGACAUCCUGGGCUGCACAGGGACUGUGAGCCAGAGGGCAACAGUUUUACAUAAAUUAAUCUUAUUGGCUCAGGCUCUGAAAGACCACACCCACAACCUGUACUCCUUCUCAGCUGUGAUGAAGGCUCUGGAGAUGCCUCAGAUAGUGCGACUGGAGAUGACGUGGCGCGCGCUGAGGAGAAACCACACAGAGACUGCAGUGUUAUUUGAGAAGAAACUGAAACCCUUCAUGAACAUGCUGAACGAGGGAGAUGACUCUGUUGUCCAAGGUCCCAUAGCCGUGCCACACCUGGUUCCUCUGCUGAUGGCGAUGGAGGGUGAGGACCCGGUGGAGGACAGCGAGCGCGGCUGUCAGCUUCUCUACGAUGUCCUGCAAUCAGCUCGCAACGCUGCGCUGCAUGCAAAGGACUAUCAGCAGCACGCACACACUCUGCUCACAGGAGGCUGGGAGCCCGUCCCUGAGAUGCUGGAGGCUUUCCGCACAGAGUUCGCCCUGCGGCUGCUCUGGGGUCAGUCAGGGGCGGGGGCCGACAGGCAGGAGCGCUACGAGAAGUUUGACAAGAUUCUUUGUGUCCUCUCCGAUAAACUGGAACCCGUGGAGAUCACUCCACAACAACCUGACCCUCUAACCUGAGCCUCAGGGCCCGUUCCACCGAGUGAGAGGUGAAGUCAGCAACUUCUUCUUCACAGGAGGAGAAGUGAAGCUCUCACCGCUGACAUCUCACAGACAUAAAGGAAAAGUUAUUUUAUAAAUGUGAGAGACUUUCGAGCUGUCAAGCGGCAACUUAACUUAUAAAAAGGAUGUGAAUCCUUUUCUUUUCAACAAAGACUUUUUAUAUCUUAAAAGGUGUGGGCUCCAGGCUGCACUGGAUUCAGGAAAUGUUAAAAUUGUUUACCCAAAAACUAGAAUGUGUUUACUUCUUGAUGCUGACACACUGUUUUAUCAACCCACACCACUUUGUUUGAUACUUGAGCUCCUAAAGGACCAACGUGAACAUUAAACAGUUUCCUCUGUACAUGACCUGCUGCUGUAAGGGACAACACUGGACAUUGUGUUUUUCAUUCAGUGUUUUCUAAAGCAAUACAUGCAUUUGUUAAAUUUCGGCAUGUAAUAUUUCAUAAAUGCGACUGUAAAUAAAGACAAGACAUUUUUUUUGUU